AUGUCGGCGCCAUCCGCAUCGCCAGAGCAAAGAAGUGGCUCUGGCUCGACAACAGACGGUCUCACCCUAUCGCCAAAGGAGAAAAACAACGGCUUUGAAUGGUGGAGGAGGACGCUACAGUACCAAACGGGGCUCGGGCUAUCCGAUCAAGACAAACAGCAGUACGAGUACGACUACGUGAAUCGCAACUUGGACGCGAAAUGUCGCGAGUGUCAGGAAAACUUGACUUGGAUGUUGAGUUACUCACCCUCGGUUGUGUUUAUGAUGGACCACAUCAGGAAACUCAACCGCGACCAGAAACCGUUCCCCACUCUGCAGAUAAUCUGCCAGAGUUGCGAUUUCACCAAAGGCGGAGGCUUCGAUCCCAAUUUGGGCAUUGUGCUCUGCAGCAAUUGGAUCCGGUCGAAAUGGCAGCUUGAAGAUGUCUUGGUGCAUGAGUUGGUGCACAUGUACGACUACAUGAAGUUUGAUUUGAAGAUGGACAAUUUGAGACAUCACGCGUGCACCGAGAUCAGGGCCAGUAUGCUUAGUGGCGAGUGUCGAGUUUGGAACGAGAUUAAAAAGACGGGGUUGGGCAAUUUCGGGAAAAAGUUCCAGGACUGCGUCAAGAGAAGAGCUGUGUUGUCCGUCGAGGCCAACCCCAGAUGCCUGAGUCGCCAAGAGGCUGAAUCCGUGGUGGAUGUAGUUUGGAAGAGCUGUUUCAACGACACGAGACCUUUCGAACGUGUGUAUAAAUAG